UCCGGGUGUCAAUAUGCGUCUCGGUACUGCAGCGAUAAGCAUCGGGAAGAUGUGACCGGGAAGAAAAGAUAAAACAAUCUGCCUCCGAAACGAACCCACGGGCCGCCGACAGCAUCGACGACACUGCUAUCCUUUGUCUCCCGUCGUCCGCUUGUGACUAGCAGCGGAUUCGCCGCCGACUGUCAGCCGUAUCUGCGCGAAUGGCCGCGGAGGUUCGGAGGGCCCUCGGCCGGGGCUGGUGUCUGACGCUUGGCCUGACUCGCAUAGGCCUUCUCGGCACUGUACUGCGAUCUCUUCUCUUCAUCACAGCCCUCAGCGGACUGCUCCGUCUACCCGCGGCCACGGAGGCGAAGGAGUGCGAUAAACCAUGCUUGAACGGCCAGUGUAACACCGCCAGCGGCGUGUGUGUAUGCGAGCCGGGAUGGAUCGGGGAGCAGUGCCAACACUGCGGCGGCCGCUUCAGGCUAACGGGACCCUCAGGUUAUCUCUCUGACGGACCAGGAAACUACAAAUACAAGACCAAGUGCACGUGGCUUAUUGAGGGACAGCCAAACUCAAUCCUGAGGCUUCGCUUUGAGCAUUUUGCCACUGAGUGCAGCUGGGAUCAUCUGUAUGUGUAUGAUGGAGACUCCGUCUACUCUCCUAUACUUGCUGCCUUCAGUGGUUUGAUUGUUCCUGAGAGCUACAGCAAUGAGACCGUCCCAGAGGUGGUGGCACAGUCUGGCUUCGCCCUGCUGCACUUCUUCAGUGACGCGGCAUAUAAUCUCACUGGCUUCAACGUCUCCUACAGGUUGAAUAUGUGCCCAAAUAACUGCUCUGAUCGUGGGGAGUGUCGUGUGGGGAAUUCCAGUGACUCUGUGCAGUGUGAAUGUGAGGUCGGCUGGAAAGGAGAGGCCUGUGAUGUGCCCUACUGCUCCUCUGACUGCGGCUCCCCUCUGCGGGGACGGUGUGACCGCGCCGCCAAACGCUGCCAGUGCAAACCAGGAUGGCAAGGCCUGGACUGCUCAAUAACUGUACCAGCAAAUGUUUCCUUCUGGACACGUGAGGAAUACAGCGGGCAUGGCUUGGUGCGGGCGUCCCAUAAGGCUGUGGUUCAUGAAGACGUGAUGUGGGUGAUAGGUGGACAUAUGUUUAACUACACACACUACCAGAUGGUGACUGCGUUCAACAUCUCCUCUCAAAGCUGGAUGUCGUUAAACCGGUCCGUCAACUCUGUAACUGGACGCUACGGUCAUUCUCUCUCCCUGCAUGAGGAUAAAAUCUAUAUGUACGGUGGGAAGAUUGACUCCACAGGAAACGUGACAUCAGAACUCUGGGUGUUCCACACAUGGAACCAGUCUUGGGUUCUGCUGAAUCCGCGUGCUAAAGAACAGUAUGCCGUCGUGGGCCAUUCUGCACACACUGUCCAGCUCCAUCCCGACGGAUCAGAGCCCGUCAUACUGGUCGUCUUCGGACACUGCCCUCUUUACGGAUACAUCAGCCAAGUGCAGCAGUACGACAUUGUAAAGAACACAUGGAGUGUUUUAGAGACUCGUGGGGCGCUGGUUCAGGGUGGCUAUGGGCACAGCAGUGUGUAUGAUCCUCAAACCCGCUCCAUCUACAUCCAUGGAGGCUAUAAAGCUUUCAGUGCCAAUAAAUACGGCCUGGCCGGGGACUUGUACCGCUAUGAUGUGGACAAGAGAAUGUGGUUGAUUCUGAGGGACAGUGGUUUUUUCCGUUACCUCCACACGGCGGUGAUUGUUGGCGGGAACAUGUUGGUGUUUGGAGGGAACACGCACAACGACACCUCAAUGAGCCAUGGGGCGAAAUGCUUCUCCUCAGACUUCAUAACAUACAGCAUAGCUUGUGAUGAGUGGAUUGUACUGCCCCAUCCAGAUCUUCACCAUGACGUCAACCGUUUUGGCCACUCAGCUGUGUAUCACAAUGGGGUGAUGUACGUGUAUGGAGGCUUUAACAGCCUGAUGCUCAGCGAUGUGCUGAGUUUCACCCCUGCGAGCUGCGCUGCUUUCUCGGGGCAGCUGGAGUGUGUGACGGCUGUGCCCGGCGUGAAGUGCGUGUGGAACUCCACUACCUCCACCUGUAUGUCCUGGGACGCAGCGGCACCCCAUGACACAGAGAGCUUGAGAAACACCUGCAGUCCCAGAGGGGAUGCAGAUGGUGAAAAGUGUGACCAAUAUUCAGACUGCUACAGCUGCACAGCGAACACUAACAGCUGCCAGUGGUGCGCUGCCAUCUGUGUGUCUGGUCAUAGUAACUGCACCAGUUCCCCGGGUGGGAUAAUGGAGUAUGAGGUGUGUCCAAAGGAUAACCCAUCCUUUGUGUGCAGCAAGAAGACCAACUGUAAAAGUUGUGCCACAGAUCAGAACUGCCAAUGGGAGACGAGAAAUCAAGAGUGCACUACCCUCCCUGGGAAUAUCUGUGGGGAGAGUUGGCACCUGGUGGGGAACUCGUGUCUAAAGCUGAUCACAGCCAAGGACUCGUAUGACAACGCUAAACUGGCAUGUCGCAGUCACCAGGCGGUGCUGGCAUCCCUCACCACGCAGAAGAAAGUCCAGUUCGUCCUCAAAGAGAUGCAUAACAGAUCAUUGCAAUCAAAAGCAGUGAUCACUCCGUGGGUGGGUCUGAGGAAGAUCAAUGUCUCCUACUGGUGCUGGGAGGACAUGUCCCCCUUCACCAACUCCACGCUGCAGUGGCUGCCGGGCGAGCCCAGCGACGCUGGUUUUUGUGGGUACCUGGCUGAGCCCACUUUUAACGGACUAAAGGCGGCGACCUGCGUCAACUCUGUGAAUGGGAGUCUGUGUGAACGACCAACGAACCACAGUGUGAAGCAGUGUCGGACGCCCUGUGCCCUACGCUCUUCCUGUAGUGAGUGCACCAGUGGGAGCUCAGAGUGCAUGUGGUGCAGUAACACGAGGCAGUGCGUGGACUCUAAUGCUUAUGUGGCAUCCUUCCCCUACGGCCAGUGCAUGGAGUGGUACACCAUGAACAGCUGCCCACCGGAGAAUUGUUCUGGCUACAAGACCUGUGGUCACUGUUUGGACCAGCCUGGCUGUGGGUGGUGCACUGAUCCCAGCAAUACAGGACGGGGCCAGUGUAUAGAGGGCUCUUACCGAGGCCCAAUUCAAACACUGUUCCACGCCCCUUCUUCUUCAGGCCCCUCCCUCAUUCCCGCCCCUCAGCCAAUGUUAAACGUCAGCUUGUGCCCACUAGAGGGCAGCUACAACUGGUCCUUUAUCCAGUGCCCAGCAUGCCAGUGUAACGGACAUAGCUCUUGUGUCAAUGAGAGUGUGUGUGAGAGAUGCGAGGACCUCACCACAGGCAAACAGUGUGAGAGCUGCAUCUCCGGUUACUAUGGCGAUCCCACAAACGGGGGCAGCUGUCAGUCUUGUAAGUGCAACGGCCAUGCCAGCAUGUGUAACUCUAACAAUGGCAAAUGCUUCUGUACCACCAAAGGCAUCAAAGGAGACCGCUGCCAUUUGUGUGAGGUAGAGAACCGUUACCAGGGCAACCCUCUGAAGGGAACGUGUUAUUACACUCUGCUGAUAGAUUACCAGUUUACCUUCAGUUUGUCUCAGGAGGACGACCGCUACUACACUGCCAUCAACUUUGUUGCAACUCCAGAUGAGCAAAAUCGAGACCUGGACAUGUUUAUUAAUGCCUCAAAAAACUUUAACCUCAACAUCACAUGGGCAACCAGCUUUGCAGCUGGGACUCAAGCUGGUGAGGAAAUCCCUAUAGUCUCCCGCAGCAACAUAAAGGAAUUCAAAGACAGUUUCUCCAACGAGAAGUUCGAUUUCCGUAGCAAUGCCAACAUUACCUUCUACGUGUAUGUCAGCAACUUCACCUGGCCAGUCAAAAUCCAGAUCGCUUUCUCUCAACACAGUAACUUCAUGGAUUUGGUUCAGUUCUUUGUCACGUUCUUCAGCUGUUUCCUGUCCUUGCUUCUGGUGGCAGCAGUCGUAUGGAAGAUAAAACAGAGCUGCUGGGCGUCACGGCGCAGAGAGGUCAGUGCUGUAGCAUUUCCCUUGUUACCUGUGGAAUUUCAUUGACUUUCCCUGCCUCUUGCUGCUCUACACAGCUUUGAACCAUCCCAUUAAUGUCACAUCAGCAUCUCUGAAUGCUGUCAGUCAGGCUGGACGGAUCCAUCCGUUAGGCUGCUUUUGGACAAUUCCACUAUAAGUUGGUCUCUGUCUUUUGUUUUUUAUCAUUGUUUGUUUUUUAACUGCGGUUACUGAUAUCUUGUGAGCAUUUUGUUGGUUUUAUGCAAUUUAGUUACAUUUCAGCUACACAAACUAUUUAAGUGGAUUUAUAAGUUAGUAUUAAGAAAUAUUCUCAUGGUGUGAACCAAUUGGGUUUCUUAAAUGGUUGGAGGGACCUUAGCUUUUGGGUUUUACAGUGUAUACUUAAUCAUGAAAUAACUAUUGUUGAAAUAUGUAUAUGUAUCAAUGUAUAUGUUUGAAAUAAG